AUGAAGUUCUCCACCGUCCUCUUCUUCGCCAUUGGCGCCGUCGCUACCCCCCAGAAUGCUCCUACCACCAGCGCUCCCUCGGCUGCCUCUCCCUCUGGCCUCACUCCCGCUGUCAGCUGCGCCCUCGCCUGCAACCCUGGCGAUGUCACCUGUCAAGCCGCAUGCUUGGGCAACGCGCGCCCGAACGCGUCCCAGGCUAUCGAGACCAACGAGUGCGCCGCCAAAUGCGACCAAGGCGACGGCUCCACCCCCGCUUCGCAGAAGUACGCCAAGUGUGUCGACGCCUGCAUCAACAGCCUUUUCCCCAGCACCCAGACGGCCUUCAACAACGCUCCCGCUGGUGCCGGUGCCGCGCCUGCUUCCAGCGCUGGCGGCGACUCUGCUGCCGCACCCACCGGCACCUCCAACCCUACUGGUACUCACGGUGGAAAUGCUGGCCGCCCCACUGGUACCAACGCCUCUGGCUCUUCCGCUCCCCAGGGCACUGGCGCGUCUGGCGCCGCUGGCAAGGCUUCUGCUGGCAUUGGUGCCGGUCUUGCCGGUCUCUUGGCUAUCUUCGCUUUGUAA